AUGGCACCCAAACGCAAGCGCAAGGCCACGGCCAAGACCUCGCAGGCUCCCAAGGACCCUGCUGUGACCUUCUUGGCAGAGAAGGGUGCCGCCAGUAACUAUCUCCAAGUAUUGCCUGGAGAGAUCCGCCUGAUGAUCUACUCUUUGGCAGUAGUACAAGACGAACCCAUUCGGCCUGUCCAAAUCGAACACAGGUCCAACAAGUUCAAGACUGCUUCACUGCUGCCCAAAUCGCGACAACAAGCACUUACUUCUAAGUAG